ACCGGAUUCAGAAGCUCAAACUGCCCUGCUCCCAAAUCGAAAUCGACGAUGACUGGACAGUCCACUACGGCGACCACAUUUUUAACCUGGAAAAGUUCCCAGACCCCAAGAAGAUGGUCGCUGACCUAAACAAGAAAGGCUAUCCAGUGACCCUGUGGGUUCAUCCCUUCUUCAGUUUGGAGUCGGAGUCGUUUCAAGAGGCUUUUCGGCACGGAUAUGCUGUCAUGAGUCGAGGCUCGGCGAAUCCGUCCUUGAUGAAGUGGUGGAACGGAGAUAUGGCCGCCGUGCUGGAUGUGUCUAACCCAGCUGCUGUCUUGUGGUUUCAGAAGAAACUCACUCAUCUCCAGGAGAAAUACAAUAUCUCCUCCUUCAAGUUCGACGCUGGUGAGGCUCUCUUUGUGCCAAAUGCGCCCAACGUGUUUGGUCACAUGAUUUCUACCAACGAGUAUGCCACCAACUAUGCCGAAAUGGCCUACAAUGUCGACCCAGUGAACAGAAGGCAAGAGGUUCGAAUCGGCUGGCGUUCACAGAGGCUGCCUAUCAUAACUCGGUUGAUGGACAGACUGUCCACAUGGGACGAAAAAGGAGGACUGCGGUCGCUCAUUCCAUCCACACUGACGUUUAGCGUCAUAGGAUACCCGUUUGUGUUGCCUGACAUGAUCGGUGGAAAUGCGUACGCCGAUUUGGAGACAUUUGCGCGUGGUGCCAACCCCGACCGAGAGCUGUAUAUCCGAUGGCUUCAGCUCAGCGCACUUUUACCAGUCGUACAGUUUUCUGUCGUACCUUGGGUCUAUGACGACGAAGUUGUCGCCAUCACGAAGAAAUGUCUCGCCAUCCGCGAGCAAUAUGUAUCAAGGAUUCUUCAGCUGGCUCAGGAGUGUGUGGAAACGGGGAACCCGAUUAUUCGUCCGUUAUGGUGGGUUGCUCCCCUUGAUGAGCAGGCAUUGGUGACGGGAGAUGAGUUUCUCGUUGGGGACGAUCUUCUUGUUGCUCCGAUUGUCGUAGAAGGUGCAAGGAAGAGAGACAUUUACCUUCCUAAAGGACAAUGGAGGGAUAUGCUGAGGGGGGAAGCCAUUGACGGCCCUAUGUUUCUUAGGGACUAUGCUGUCGCUAUUGAUGAACUCGCUCACUUUGAGAGAAUAACAAGCUAGUUGUUUUGUAUGUAGAGAGAACUUCUGAAUAAAUUAUUGGCACGGAGUUGUGGGACCAAAUACAUAGCUGCCAAGCAGUACGCUGAGAAAAGGGAACU